AUAUACAAACCAAGGAGACCAGCUAGCCAUCUCAUCACUGAAGUCUUUCACAAAUUACAACAAAGCACAACCAGCCCUCUCAGCCUCUUCCUUAGCCUUCUUGUCUUUCAUCAAGAGAUAGUAGAAGUGCAUAUAUAGAAACCAUGGGUUUCCAGUUGCCCGGAAUGCUCACCGGCCGACGGUCUCCUUUGAACACGAAACGAUUGGAUUCGGCCACUAGAGAUGUGCCGAAAGGUCACCUCGCCGUCUACGUUGGCGAGACCCAAAAGAAGCGGUUUGUGGUUCCACUAUCCUACUUGAACCAUCCUUCCUUCCAAGAUUUGUUACGUCGAGCUGAAGAAGAGUUUGGGUUUCAUCAUCCAAUGGGUGGUCUCACGAUCCCUUGCAGAGAAGACUUAUUCCUUGAUCUCACCUCUCGUUUAAACGGUUCACUAUAGUCGAUCAAGUCUAUGGAUGGCAAUCCUAAUCCUUUGAUCAUCCGACCAAUCAAUUUUGCUAUUAAGUGGGCACUGGGCCUACUGCGUAAUUUGCAGCCCAUUUGUAAUUUUUAAGCCCAGUUAGCACACCCAUCUGUAAAUAUAUGUUAUCAACUGUAAAAGAGUUGGAGGAAAUGAGAAAUGAGAAAUCUUUCCUUUGAAAACA